GAACGAGAAAGCGAACGAGACACAAUUGAAGGUCACAAUGGCACCCACUACCCAAAAGCAAUGGUCCGUCAAGGGCAAGGAAAACCGCUUCGACGAGCUCAAGUUCGAGGAAGGCGAAAUCCCCGCUGUUGGAGAUAAUGACGUCCUCGUCAAGCUGCACGGCGCCUCGCUCAAUUACCGUGAUCUAGUUAUCCCCCAAGGAAAGUAUCCCUUUGCCCUCAAUUUCCCCGUUAUUCCCGGUUCCGAUGGUGCCGGCGAAGUCAUCGAGGUCGGAUCCAAGGUCACCCAGUUCAAGAAAGGCGAUAAAGUGGUCACACUCUUCAAUCAGCAGCACCAGUACGGCCCCAUCGAUCCCGCGGGAGCUGCCUCCGGUCUCGGCGGUGCCGUUGACGGCACCCUGCGCCAGUACGGUGUCUUCAACGAGAACGGCGUCGUCCGCGCCCCGCGAAACCUGAACUACCUUGAAGCGGCAACCUUGACUUGUGCGGCUCUUACAAGCUGGAAUGCUCUGUACGGACUGAAGCCGCUGCUGCCCGGUCAGACUGUCCUUGUGCAGGGCACCGGCGGUGUUAGUGUUUUUGCGCUGCAGUUCGCCAAAGCAGCCGGCGCAACAGUGAUUGCGACGACUUCAUCUGACGAGAAGGCUAAGCGGCUGAAGGAACUCGGCGCUGACCACGUCCUCAACUAUAAGACCCAGCCUAACUGGGGCGAGAUCGCGCGCUCCCUGACACGCGACAAUGUUGGUGUCGACCACAUUGUCGAGGUUGGAGGCUCGGGCACACUCGAGCAGAGCUUCAAGGCCAUUAAACUGGAGGGUGUGAUCAGCAUCAUCGGCUUCGUUGGUGGAUUGGACCCCAAGAAGAUCCCCCACGUCCUUGAAACGCUGACCCAUAUUUGCACCGUCCGUGGCGUGUACGUCGGCAGCAAGGCGCUUAUGAACGACAUGGUCAGUGCCAUUGAGGCAAACAACAUCCAUCCUGUUGUGGACCAGAAGGUUUUUACGCUUGAGCAGACGAAGGAGGCUUAUGAAUACAUGUGGGGACAGAACCACUUCGGUAAGUUGGCUAUCAAGAUCGAGUAAAUCGCCAGUGACCUGCGGCAGCGGUCCAUAGGGUCCAUAGAAGGAUAGACGUCACUACAUUCUUCUUGCGGUUACUUGGCCUAUUGUCCUGGCGAUUUGUGGGUAUGAAUGAAUGUAACGCAGUGAUAUAGUGGAGCCCAUCAAGGGCAUCCCAGUGAAAAUAUAUUCCUAAUUUUAGUGCAUAACCAGGUCCUUGCCCAGUAAUGGGCCGUUAGUGUGGCAAAGUUAUGUCAUUAAUGUGGACAACUUUGUCGC